ACGGGAAGACGCGGACUAAAGACAAGUACCGGGUGGUUUACACCGACCACCAGCGUCUGGAGCUGGAGAAAGAGUUUCACUACAGCAAAUACAUCACCAUCAGGAGGAAGUCGGAGCUGGCCACAACGCUCGGCCUCUCAGAGAGACAGGUGAAGAUCUGGUUCCAGAACCGCCGGGCUAAAGAGCGUAAAAUCACCAAGAAGAAGCUCCAGCAGCCGGCCUCCUCUUCCUCCACCACGCCUCCAGCCAAUGGUGUUCUCCAUGGAAACGGCGGAAACAGCGUCUCCAUGGUGACGAGCAGCAGUGGUAGCAACGGGCUGGUGUCGCCCUCCUCGCUGGCUCUGAACAUCAAAGAGGAAUACUGA